AUGAUUCGGCGGUCCGUCAAAUAGAUAGUUCAUUCUCCACAAUCUGAGAUGCAAAAAUGGCUGCGGAGGAAGUAGCAAAGCUGCAAAAGCAUCUCAGCCUGCUAAGACAAGAAUAUGUUAAAUUGCAAAACAAGAUGGUUGAGGUUGAGCAGAAGCUCAGUGUGGCCACUGCAGCUUCUGGGGAUCUCCAGAAAGACAGCUUUAUCUCACAGCUACUGAGAUUAGUUGCAGACCUUUAUGAUAAAGAUAGUUUCAGUGACAUAACUAUCAAAUAUGGCACACAGAAAAGAAGAGGUCACAAAUUUGUUUUAGCAGCUCGAAGUUCUGUGUGGUUGGAACUUGACAUGACAAACAGGGAAGAGAUAGAAAUGGAAGGUGUUAGCAAUGAAGUUGGGAGUGCCAUAAUAAAGUGGCUUUAUACUGACAGAGCAGAUAUAAAGAAUGAUGAGAAAUUCAUUAUAGAACUGGUUAAAGCUGCCAACAGAUAUAGGCUAGAUGCAUUAAAGAACAGAUGUGAGAAAAUUCUUAUGUCUUCUAUAACUGUUUCCAACUGCAUAAAAUUCUACCAAACUGCUGAGGACAUUGGUGCCAAUGCAUUGAGACAAUACUGUGCGGAAAUCAUAGCAAGCCACUGGAAUGAUCUCAAAACAGAAGAUUUUGUGGAAAUGAGUGCCCCCUUGUUAUAUGACAUGUUCAAGGCCAAAUCACAAUUUCCAUUGCACUUUGCAAUAAGGCACCACAGAGAAGAUGUUGUCUUUUUGUUUCUCAUUGAAUUCAAUGCUCAACUACCUGCUAAAAUUGACGAACGGGAAGUAACAACAAACCAGCUACCGUUAGAGAUCGCUUUGAACGAGAAGCAAGAAAGCAUUGCUAGAACACUGGUUAACCACGGUUGCAACAUUAAUUCCCCGGACCAUGAUGGAUUCACGCUGCUACAUCGAGCUGUGGAGCAUGGUGAUGAAUUUGGAGCGAUGUUUUUGAUCGAGCAUGGAGCAAACGUCAAAUCUGUGACAAUUGCUGAACGUGACACGCCGCUUCAUCUGUCAGCAAAAUACAAGCCGUGGUCAUCGUCAUCAAGGUCAUCCUCAGCUGACCAGGGAAAAGAUUGGUCAAAAAUGACAAGUAGCGAAGGCAUGGCUCGUGUUUGUAAACAACUCGUCGAUAAAGGCACCGAUCCCAACGCCCAGAAUGCAUCAGGCCUGACACCUUUGCAUCUAGCGUUAUCUCAUGAUAAUGCGGACGUUUUUGAUGUCUUGUUAGACCAUCCAAGCCUCGACCUAGAGCGGAGAGACAAAGACGGACAUGUGGUGCUCUGGUUUGCGAUUCUUUCGAGCAAGGUGAACCUUGAUGAUGAUUCAGAAACCAGUUACGCUGCCAAGCUUGUCAAACGAGGAAGCAGUGCAGAUGCUGUCAACCCGCUUUCAGGGGAUUCCCUGCUCCAUCUCGCAGCGUUCUCGGGAAAUGAAGCCGCUGGUCUCUUUUUGCUGGCACAGGGUGCUCAGCCGAACCAUGCAAACAAAAAAGGGGAAACACCACUACACGCUUCAUCACUGAAAGGACAUGCCAGUUUGGUCAAGGAACUGCUCAAACGGGGUGCAAAUUCGAACGCAAGGACAGUGGCGACAGACUAUUUACGCAAUGUUGCAAAUGAACGCCGUGAAAAGAGAGUCAGAAAUUUAAAAGAAAUAAGAACUCGAAUUGUUUCGCUUGAAAAAUCGAAGGCAAUGAAAAGAAUCAAGGAACUUAAAGAAAAACAGCAAAAAUCCACAAACGCUGUCUCAAGUCAACAGAAAAACACCGAAAUUAAGCAAAAAGACUUAUCCUUAGAUUUAAGGUCCCCCACGACAGACGAGCUAGAACCUUCGAAGAAAGAUCUUUACGCAGAUAACAAUCCGUUUCUGAAUUCUCCAGUGGAUUCUGCUUACGGGGAAGGCAAUCCCUUUGCAGCCGAAGGUAACGAUUUCAUGAAUGAAAUUCAAGCCGCCACCUCGGCUGCCAUGGCUCUAAGUGGACGUACAAUGACAAGAAAUGAUAGUGAUUACAAUGUUAAAACGACAGGCGCGACCUCAGACUCUAAUCCUACAAUAUUAACAUACGAUGGACGCAUCGAUCUGAAUGCAGUGCAAUCGCCCACUGCAAUUGAAAAAUUUGAUUACGACGCAAUGACAAUAAGCGACCUGGAAAUCGAGUCUGACUUAGAUAAUGACGUCAUAACCGAAUGUUGGGAUAGAACGCCGAUGCAUGUUGCUGUGACUGAAAAGAACGAGUCUGUGCUCCGCUGUUUUGUUGAAUACAAAGAUAAUGCAUCUCACGGUGGAGGCAUGGGUCGUAUUCCAAUAUUUCCAGACUUCAAUUUGCAAGACAGCGAAGGUCAGACAGUCCUAGAAAUAGCACUCUGGAAAAAACAAUACCAGGUUGCCAGGUCUCUUCUUGAUGCCGAGGCUGAUAUAAAUCACAUCGGAGUUGAUGGAAAGACUUUGUUGCACAAGGCAAUAACUAGAAAAGACGUCGAUUCGAGCUUAUUCCUCAUCGAUAAUGGCGCAGACAUCAAUAGACUCACGAAAGAAAACAUGUCCCCGCUGCUAAUGGCAAUCAGAUUACAACUGGAGCCAGUUGUCGAUUCUUUAUGCAAGCGCGGUGCUGACGAGAACAGCAGUGAUGAAAAUGGCAACACGCCUCUCUGGAUUGCGUUAAAAAGCCGACAAAUGGAUAUAGCUACAACUUUGGUCAAAAAUGGCUGUGACACUACCGCUUGGAACCUUGGAAUCAACAAUUGCACUUGGUCCUUGUUACAUCGAGCGAUUUACGAGCUUGAUGGCGAGGCCGCUUGCUUCUUGAUCAGAAAUGGCUGUGAAAUCAACAGUGCCAGAAAACCAGGUCCUGGUGGUUAUGGUGGUGUCGAAGCUUAUGACGGAUUAACUCCUUUGCAUCUAGCAUGUGCUGCUGGUCAAGACGAAGUUGUCCAGUGCCUGGUAGAGAAUAGUGUAAAAAUCAAUGCACAGGAUUCGGAACAACGCACGCCUUUGCACAUUGCAAUAACCAGCCAUAACCCGAUCGUAACUAGGCUGCUAUUGAGCCAUCCAGAACUCGAUCUCACUUUGAAGGACAGGACCGGCCAAACUGCGUUUGCUGUUGCGAUGAACGCAAAGGAUAACGAAGCCGCUGCAGCGAUACUGUCACGCGAGCCAUCAUCAGCUGAACAGUUCGACAGUAGAGGCCGCAACUACCUCCACACGGCAAUACUCAAUUCUGAUGUCGAUGGAGUUUUGUUCCUAAUUAGUAUUGAAGUGGAUGUUGGCUCUCCGAUCCAAGAUGGCUCGUUACGGACACCACUUCAUCUUGCUAUUCCGAGUGGUAGUGAGGUCAUCGUUAGGCAUUUGAUCUGGGCAGGUGCAAACAUAAAUGCAACGGAUAAGAGUCGAAGAACGCCUAUCCACGUUGCCGCGAUUGAAGAUAAAGCGACACUGAUAAGUGUCUUACUACAAGGAGGAGCCGAUCCGAAUUUGCUGGAUAGCUCUCAGAAUAAUGCAUUGCACUUGGCAUGCCAAAAUGGAAACCUCAACUCAAUCAGAGUUCUUUUGACAGAAUCAAAUGCCAAUGCAGAGGCGCAAAAUGGAAGAGGGCAGAACUCGCUACACUGUUUAGCUAUAUACAACAAAGACAACGCGGCUGCUAUAUUCGAACUCUUCCGGCAGAACCGACCGGAUAUGAACAUAAACGCUUUGGAUGCCGAGGAUAAUUCUGCUCUUUUCCUGGCAUAUACAAGCGGUGCUGUUGGCCUCUGCUGCGCCCUGUUGAGAUCUGGUGCCAAGUUAGGAACUAUAAACAAGCAAGGAGUUUCUCUCUUCAAUGCUCCAGUUGCAACGAAAAAAUUGCUUUUUAGGCUUCUGGACCUUCUGAAUGCGGAACCGGCGUGGCUUGAUGGACCUAACUGCCAUGAAUGUGGAGUGAAGUUCAACGUCACAACGCGGAAACAUCACUGCCGACAUUGCGGACGAUUGCUUUGCGCCAAAUGCUGUAACAAGCAGAUGCCAAUAUUGAAGUAUGAACUCACGAAGCCAGUGCGGGUAUGCGAGAUAUGCUUCGAUUUCCUUACACUUGGACCGAUGUAAGUUGGUGUAACUAAUGUAUAUUGAGAAUGAUUCGCCUAUUUAAUAGUGUAUUUCUUUAAUGUUCGAAUUCAUGAGGACUCGAUUGGAGCCCGUGGCAAUCGCAUUACCUGUAAGUCAUCCAGUGUUAAUCUCUAAAGAUGUUUAUGUGGUUACCGUAGUGAUUUGUGCUAGCACCCAUGUCCUUCUCCAAAUGCUGCGUUAAGCGUUCUACAUCAGAAAUUAUAGGGGUUUUCACAACCCCAAUGCAAGGUCAAAGCUGUAGCGAACUUUAUUUUAGAGAAAAUUACCCCUUGUGUCUGCUGACUAGAAUCUUAGUUUAAGAUAAAAGUCUUAACGUUAUAAGUAAAAUGGAUUUCAAAUUUUGUAUUUUGGAUGCUUCUCAGAUUGCCGUCGGUUUGUUACAUAAAGACCAAGGCCAGUCUAAAGUGGGUGCUCAUGGUGCAGCAGAGUUAGGCCUUUCCUGAAUUUAUCCCAGAUGAAAGCAGACGGGGAAUUUUCCUGAAACUGAAUAUGCCCAAUAACAGGUCUUUUUGUGCUGCAGCAUCAAGCCUAAUUUUGGUUUAUCUUGCCCUGAAAAAGACUAGUUGAGACCCUGUUCAUACGGGAACGAUUGCAUACCGUUCCAAUAGGGUUUCAAUUUACGCAACAACAAAAUUAGCUGUUUACACGAAACGGAACGAUCAUUUUCCAAUUUUUUCUUCUGUUCACACGGGAACGUGAUCGUUUCGUCUUAAGAGUUGAAGAAAGAGUUUGCCAAUGCGCAUGGUGUGUAGUUCCAUAUGAACAAUGCAGGCAUUUAGUUCACCUGUUCACACGGGAACGGAACGGAACGGAACGGAACGGAACGGAACGGAACGGAACGGAACGGAACGGAACGGAACGGAACGGAACGGAACGGAACGGAACGGAACGGAACGGAACGGAACGAAACGAAACGAAACGAAACGGAACGAAACGGAACGGAACGGAACGGAACGGAACGGAACGGAACGGAACGGAACGGAACGGAACGGAACGGAACGGAACGAAACGGAACGGAACGGAACGGAACGGAACGGAACGGAACGGAACGGAACGGAACGGAACGGAACGGAACGGAACGGAACGGAACGGAACGGAACGGAACGGAACGGAACGGAACGAUAGCGUACCGUUCCAUUUUUCUUCUCACUUUCGAGAGCGUUUUAAAUUUCGGAACGGAAAGGUAUAGUUUAAAGCCUUCCCGUGUGAACGGGGCCUUAGAUGUGACCAUAUUUCACCAUCCUUCAACUGUGAUGUUUUGUAAUUUAAUACAUUGAUUGUGAGAUUCUUAGGCAUGAAUCUUGAUUUUUAAUUUUUUUAUGUUCAUAGAAUGAAUUUUUUCAGAAUAGGUCAAACGUGCGUUACAAUUUUGUUUGUUUUGUGAUGACGUGUAUCUACGAGUUUUAGGAAACUAUGAUGUUGUUGUUGAAGAGGGAAGUUUCAUCACCGUUCUCGAAUUUAGUGUUUAAUCUUAUAUCAUAAGGGGGAAAAUAGUCAGGUUUCCUAAAUCUCUCUGUUUAUUAAUUGAAUCUGUAUCAAAGAGUAAAAUGAAUUGUCUUCUAUGUUAGUAAAUUAGAAAUGAAAAUUGUUUAUUUGCCUUUGUCGUGUUCUUUAAUUGACCUUAAACUGUCAGUAAUACAAGCAGAGAUAAUUACAUGUGAUGAAAUAA